AUGGCCACCCCUCUCCCCCCUACAUUCGUGGUCCCCGCAACCCAGACCGAGACCCGUCGUCAACCCCUCGAGCAUGAUGUGCUCCCUCCUCUCUUCCCCGAGAAGAUCACGAUCACCAACAUCUGGAGGUACCUCGACUACAAGCAUGUCCUUGGACUCGGUCUGACUCCCUUGAUUGCCUUGUAUGGUCUUUUGACGACUGAGGUCCAGACAAAGACUCUCAUCUGGUCUAUUAUUUAUUACUAUGCCACUGGUCUUGGUAUCACUGCAGGCAAGUUCUCUCUCUGUUUGGGAUACCACCGUCUCUGGGCACAUCGUGCAUACAGUGCAGGACCUGCAAUGAGCUUCGUGCUCGCCCUCCUCGGCGCUGGAGCCGUUGAGGGUUCCAUCAAGUGGUGGUCCCGUGGCCACCGCGCCCACCACCGCUGGACUGACACCGAAAAGGACCCUUACUCUGCCCACCGUGGACUCUUCUUCUCCCACGUCGGCUGGAUGUUGAUCAAGCGCCCCGGAUGGAAGAUUGGUCACGCCGACGUUGACGACCUUAACAAGAACAAGCUCGUUCAGUGGCAGCAUAAGCAUUACCUCCCCCUCGUCCUCACUAUGGGUGUCAUCUUCCCUACCCUUGUUGCAGGUCUUGGAUGGGGUGACUGGCGUGGAGGUUACUUCUAUGCGGCCAUCUUGCGUCUCGUCUUUGUCCACCAUGCUACCUUCUGUGUCAACUCGCUUGCUCACUGGCUCGGUGAGGGACCCUUCGACGACCGUCACUCCCCCCGCGACCACUUCAUCACCGCCUUCAUGACCCUCGGAGAGGGAUACCACAACUUCCACCACCAGUUCCCUCAGGAUUACCGUAACGCCAUUCGCUUCUACCAGUACGACCCCACCAAAUGGGUCAUCGCCCUCUGCGCCUUCUUCGGCCUCGCCACUCACCUCAAGACCUUCCCCGAGAACGAGGUUCGCAAGGGUCAGCUCCAGAUGAUCGAGAAGAAGGUCCUCGAGAAGAAGACAAAGCUCCAGUGGGGCACCCCUAUCGCCGACCUCCCAGUCUUGAGCUUUGAGGAUUACCAGCACGCCUGCAAGAACGAUGGCAAGAAGUGGAUUCUUUUGGAGGGUGUUGUCUACGAUGUUGCCGAGUUUAUGCACGAGCACCCUGGUGGAGAGAAGUACAUCAAGAUGGGUCUUGGCAAGGAUAUGACUGCCGCCUUUAACGGAGGCAUGUACGAUCACAGCAAUGCUGCUCGCAACUUGCUUAGCUUGAUGCGUGUCGCUAUUGUUGAGUUUGGUGGUGAGGUCGAGGCCCAGAAGAAGAACCCCUCUGUACCUGUGUAUGGUGAUGACCACCACUCCAAGUCCGAGUAA